CCGGUUGUACGCGGGCGGAGCGCGGGGAGCCCGAGCAGCCCGAGGCGGCGGCCGCACCGCCGCCCUCCCGGCCGCCCGCCCGGCCGCCAACGCGGGCACGAAGAGCGCGGCCGGCCGGCGCCACCCCGCCCCGGGGUGCGGCCAGGGCCGCCCGAGAACCCUGCCCGGCGGCGUCCCCAGCGGCCGCCCCUAAGUUGGCCGCGCGAAACUUUUCCCCCGCGCGCCUGGGCGCCACCCCCGCCGAGACCCGCCGCCCGUGGGAGUGAAGGGGGGGGAGAAGCCCUCGGCUCCCUCCCCCCCCCCCCCGCCGCCCGGCCUCCCGUCGGGGCGCAGCCGGGCGCGGCGGCGGCGGGGCCCCGGGCGAUGGCCGCGGAGCUGGCGAUGGGCGCCGAGCUGCCCAGCAGCCCGCUGGCCAUCGAAUACGUCAACGACUUCGACCUGAUGAAGUUCGAGGUGAAGAAGGAGCCGCCCGAGGCCGAGCGCUUCUGCCACCGCCUGCCGCCCGGCUCGCUGUCCUCGACGCCGCUCAGCACGCCUUGCUCCUCCGUGCCCUCCUCGCCCAGCUUCUGCGCGCCCAGCCCGGGCACCGGCGGCGGCGGCGGCGGCGCGGGGGGCGGCGGCGGCGCGGCGCAGGCCGGGACCGCCCCGGGGUCGACGAGCGGGGGCCCGGGCGCCGUCGGGGGCGCCUCGGGGAAGCCGGCGCUGGAGGAUCUGUACUGGAUGAGCGGCUACCAGCACCACCUCAACCCCGAGGCGCUCAACCUGACGCCCGAGGACGCGGUGGAGGCGCUCAUCGGCAGCGGCCACCACGCCGGGCACCACGGCGCGCACCACCCGGCGGCCGCCGCGGCCUACGAGGCUUUCCGGGGCCAGGGCUUCGCGGGCGGCGGCGGCGGCGGCGCGGACGACAUGGGCGCGGGCCACCACCACGGCGCGCAUCACGCCGCGCACCACCACCACGCCGCGCACCACCACCACCACCACCACCACCACCACCACGCCGGCGCGGGCCACCACUCCGGCGCGGGCCACGGCGGCGGCGGCGCGGGCCACCACGUGCGCCUGGAGGAGCGCUUCUCCGACGACCAGCUGGUGUCCAUGUCGGUGCGCGAGCUGAACCGGCAGCUGCGCGGCUUCAGUAAGGAGGAGGUCAUCCGGCUGAAGCAGAAGCGGCGCACGCUCAAAAACCGCGGCUACGCGCAGUCCUGCCGCUUCAAGCGGGUGCAGCAGCGGCACAUUCUGGAGAGCGAGAAGUGCCAGCUCCAGAGCCAGGUGGAGCAGCUGAAGCUGGAGGUGGGGCGCCUGGCCAAGGAGCGGGACCUGUACAAGGAGAAAUACGAGAAGCUGGCGGGCCGGGGUGGCCCCGGGGGCGCGGGCGGGGCCGGCUUCCCGCGGGAGUCCUCGCCGCCGCAGGCCGGGCCGGGCGCGGCCAAGGGCGCCCCCGACUUCUUCCUGUGAGCGCCGGGCCCGAGCCCGCGCCGCCGCCGCCGCCGGCCAGAGGCUCGGACUCCGCGCUCGGGCAGGCCCCGCGCGCCCCGCCGCCGCGUCCGCAGGCGCCGGACCGGAGCCCCCCCACCCCCACCCCCCCCGUCUCGCCGCGCGGCGCCCCCUGCCUUCCCGGCUCGCCGUCCGGACGUGGCCGCGGCCGCUGUGCGCGCGGGGCGCGGGGCUUCCCAGGAAAGUUGAGCCGGAUCGAACUUCCUUCCAGGCGUCCGCUUGUACAUACGCCGAGCGCGGUUCCCCGCCGGACGCCGCCCCGCGCGACCCCGCCCCCCCCCCCCCCCCCCGCCUGUCUUUGCCGCCCCACCUUCUUGCCCUUUUUUACUACUCCUUUUUAAAGCGAUCUUAUUUUCGAAGUAUCUCUAUUUAUUUUGCUCGGUGAUUAGGAAAGAAAACCCCGGAGGAAGCCCCCUCGUUCCCGGCCGGGGUCCGCCCUCGGACGUCCGCGUGUCCCAGCAUGUGUCGCUCGCUCGCUCGGAGGGGCCCGGUCCCUGCCUGCCCUCCUGCCCGCCUGCCCCCCACCCUGCCACCGGCGUCCCCUAGAGAUUGAAGCCAAGGAGUAUUACCUAUGCCGUGUUCAGUCCUGCUGCCCUACAGUACUCACGGGGGGGGGGGGGGGAGGGGGGGGUCGCCGCGCUCUGCGGGUGGGGGCUGGCCCGGACCCCCUGCUGAUAUUUCUCUAUGCACCAGAUCGUAUUUAUGACUCCUGGGGAAAUAUAUCUUAUUUUAAUCUUCAAGAGAAGUGAAAGAGAAGAAAAAAAAAAAAAAAAGUAAUGCACAGUAUUUCUAGCAAAAAAAAAAAAAAUUUUUUUUUUUAAGAGGAGGUUUCAGCCUGAACCUCCCGGCAUGGGGGCGAGUGAAGAAAGUGUUUUUAUUUUAAUUUAAAUUGUGUUUCGUUUUGUUUGUGGAAUCUUUUAAAAAGCCCCAGUGGCUUUUUGGACUAGCCCGCGGAGAGGAGGUAGCGUGGCCACUGGCGAUGUGAGCCCUGCAGACCUCCAGGCCCCUGGGCACCCGCGAGGCCUGCGCUCCCCCCGGGGCCUGCUCCCGCCCGGCGCUCUGAGCAGAGACGCCGUAAGUCGUUCAAAGUUUUCUUGUGUUGUUGGGUUUUGUUGGAUCAUUUUUUCAUUUGCUACGAAGUUGAGGAAAGGGGGGAAAACACACAAAAUAAAUCCGUUUAGAU